CCAACUCACACCACGUGACUUCCUUUCCGGUUUAACCUGACAAUAUGGAUGCCAGCCGCGUGCAGCCGAUCAAGCUUGCUAGAGUCACCAAGGUGCUCGGGAGAACCGGUUCCCAGGGCCAGUGUACCCAGGUCCGUGUGGAGUUCAUGGAUGACAGCAACCGGUCCAUCAUCAGGAACGUGAAGGGGCCCGUGAGAGAGGGCGACGUGCUGACACUUCUUGAGUCUGAAAGAGAAGCCAGGAGGCUGCGAUAGAAGUGUACGGAGACGAUGUGAGAUGAACCCAAUUUGUAUGUUAUCAAGCCAACGGCAAACACCCAAGAUGACACCACAUUUCACUUGUGCAAAGUUUUUGGAAAUAAAAUGUUGUUCAGGCUGA